UAGUGGAAGUCAGCUGGACUGGACAGCUGAGGCAAGUGUUUCUGGCACAAUUAAAUGGAAGCAAUAGAAAUGUUACGAAACAUUUUUCUUUAUUUUUAACUGAAAUUAGGAAAGAUGUUGUGCCUUGUACGUCAAGCAGAUUCUGUGAUACUGGAAAUAGAAGUGGAUCCAAAAGCUAAAGGAAAACAAUGCAUUGACAAAGUAUGUGAAAGACUAGGCAUCAUUGAAUCAGACUAUAUGGGUCUGCAGUAUACGGGACCUCGAGGAGAAAAAUUGUGGCUUAAUUUGCGUAAUCAGAUAAGGAGGCAAGUUCCAGGUCCACCGCCAUAUCGUCUUCAACUUCGAGUCAAGUUUUAUGUACCACCACAUUUAAUUUUGCAAGACAGUACUAGGUAUCAUUUUUAUCUGGACAUUCGUCAGUCCUUCAUUGAAAACAACUUCCAUACACUUUCAUCCCACCAAAUAUGCAAACUUGCUGCUUUAUUAGCACAAGUUGAAGUUGGGGACUUAGAUCCAACCCAUACCAGCAUCACUGCCCUUCUCAAAUAUCCAAAGUUUUUGCCAUCCAAUUGUAGCUUAGCUGCUUUUUCAGACGAAUCGGAUCGUCCUCGUCAUUUGCGAGUGAGGUGGAGAUCUGGUGGAAGCAACGAUUCUAUCAGCAGCAAUUCUGAUGAUCCUGUUUGUGAUGGAGGUCAAGAAGAACAGCAACAUGUGUCCAUUGAGACUGAUCGCACAGCCAUGAAUCGCGUUUGUCAAGAAAUUAUGAAAGAGCAUGCACUCCUCAAAGGCAUGAAAAUGAAUGCUGCCAUUUAUCAGUUCCUUAAAGAAGUAUCCGAGCUUGAAGAUUUUGGAAUGGAACAGUACUUUGUGAAAGACAAGAAUGGGGAAACACUCCGUUUCAGUGUUGGUCCAAGUGGAAUACUCAUUCAUGAUCUUAACUUGCAGCUUAAGCAAAGCAUCACUUACGCGUCCAUCCACUUAGCAACUCAUUCUGGCCGCUGUAUGUUCCUCACGUUUGUCGGUCACUCUGGAGAAGCAGACACCAUGGGCUUCAAACUGGAAAACUCUGAUGCAGCCAACGGCCUGUACCGGGCCGUGACCGAAAAGCACGCCUUCUACAGCUGUGAAACGGUACGCAAUGCUGUGACGGCACAGUUCAUCAGGGAUCUCAAGGGAACCAUAGCCUCCUUGUUUAACGACAACACGGCCGUGGGCAAAAAUUAUGUGUUCGACAUCCAGAGAACUUGUCGCGAAGUGUAUGACCACACCAGGAGGGUCAUGUACCAGAUGGAGAUGGAUGUCAAACAGAACGCCAAGAAUUGUGAUUCGGACAGUGCAGAUUUCCCUGGUGACUGUGCAACAGAUUUGUUUGACGGAGAAUGCCAUUCCACCACUUGCAAGAUUAUCCAACAGCAGCUGGCGACUUUCCAAGAUUCAAUGCUUUGUAGAGUGUGCAUGGACUCUGAUGUUGGAACUGUAUUUUUUCCCUGCAGACAUGUAGCUUGCUGCAGUACUUGCGCCCCACUUUGUCAAUCCUGUCCAUUGUGUCGAAGCGAAAUUUCUGACACUCAGCAUGUGUAUUUACCUUACUCAAGUCAGGGUGAAUUAGAAAAUUUCAAAAGAGAAACUACUUUCAAAAAAGAAACAAUUAUCUGAAGCAUUUUUAUUUUUUGUGACAAAACUAAAAGCCAAACCU